CUUCCCUCUCCUGAACCUUUUUUCUCAAAAACGCGCGAAAAUCUUCCCAUUUCAUGCGACGAUUAUCCUCCUCCGUCUGUUCACCGUCAAGUCACCGUCUCAACCCCGUAACAACCAUGUCUACCGGAUCCAAUUCACUGGUUUGGUUCCGUAAAGGUCUCCGUGUCCACGACAACCCGGCUCUCGAACACGCCUCGAAGUGCGGCUCCUCCGGAUCCAUCUACCCGGUUUUCGUGAUCGACCCGCAUUACAUGGAACCGGAUCCGUCUUCGUUCUCCCCCGGUUCGUCGCGCGCGGGAGUAAACCGGAUCCGGUUCUUGCUGGAGAGCCUCAAGGAUCUCGAUUCCAGUCUGAAGAAACUCGGUUCAAGGCUGCUGGUUCUGAGAGGCGAACCGGGUGAGGUCAUGCUUCGUUGCUUGCAAGAGUGGAAGGUGAAGAGGCUUUGCUUUGAGUAUGAUACUGAUCCGUAUUAUCAAGCUCUAGACUUUAGAGUCAAGGAGUAUGCUUCUUCAGUUGGUGUUGAGGUUUUCUCUCCAGUGAGCCAUACUCUUUUCAAUCCCACUGAUAUUAUAGAGAAAAAUGGUGGGAAGCCACCUUUGAGUUACCAGUCGUUUCUGAAGAUAGCCGGGGAGCCUUCAUGUGCUAGUUCUGAACUUGUGAUGUCUUAUUCUUCACUUCCACCGGUUGGAGAUGUUGGGAAUCUUGGCGUUUCGGAAGUACCAACCCUUGAGGAACUUGGAUACAGUGACGAUGAGCAGGCUGAAUGGACGCCUUUUAGAGGUGGUGAAUCAGAAGCCUUGAAACGACUGAACAAGUCAAUCAGUGAUAAGGCAUGGGUGGCUAACUUUGAGAAACCAAAGGGUGAUCCAUCUGCAUUUUUGAAACCCGCAACAACUGUUUUGUCACCUUAUCUGAAAUUUGGAUGCCUUUCUUCGAGGUACUUUUAUCAAUGCCUUCAGCGUGUUUACAAGGAUGUCAAAAAGCAUACAUCGCCGCCAGUUUCUCUCCUUGGACAGUUGUUGUGGCGAGAAUUUUUCUAUACCACUGCGUUUGGAACUCGUAACUUUGAUAGAAUGAAGGGAAACCCAAUCUGCAAACAGAUUCCAUGGAAAGAGGAUCUUGAUAUGUUGGCUGCUUGGAGGGAUGGUAAGACAGGAUACCCUUGGAUUGAUGCCAUCAUGGUUCAGCUUCUGAAAUGGGGUUGGAUGCACCAUCUAGCACGUCACUGUGUAGCCUGUUUCCUAACUCGUGGGGAUCUGUUCAUACAUUGGGAACAAGGGCGUGAUGUGUUCGAGAGGCUUUUGAUUGAUUCAGACUGGGCAAUUAAUAAUGGGAACUGGAUGUGGUUAUCAUGUUCCUCCUUCUUUUACCAGUACAACCGCAUAUACUCUCCUGUAUCUUUUGGAAAGAAGUAUGAUCCUGAUGGCAAGUACAUUAGGCAUUUUCUCCCGGUAUUGAAAGAUAUGCCAAAGCAGUAUAUAUAUGAGCCAUGGACAGCGCCGUUGAGCGUUCAAACUAAAGCAAAGUGCAUAGUCGGGAAGGACUACCCGAAGCCAAUGGUUAUGCAUGACGCAGCAAGUAAGGAGUGCAAGAGGAAGAUGGGUGAAGCAUAUGCAUUGAACAAGAAGAUGAAUGGUGGUGAGAUCGGUGAUGAAGACCUGAGGGAUUUGAGGAGCAAGCUUGAGAAAGAUGAAGAGUCAAACAUCAGGAAUCAACGACCAAAACUCAACUAAAAGUAGGAUAACCUAAAGUAUCUAAUGAGAUUUGAUGAAAUAGGUGUUAUAAUAAAAAGUAAUUGUAGCUGCUGGUAUGGCUUAAUGUGAAUACUCUUCUAUUUAAGGUCAACGAGUCAACGCAAUCCUAUUUGUAAAGGAUUACUUUUCUGUUUAAAACUAAAUAGGGAGACCAAUUUGUUAUAUUUUAUCCAUUAAGAUAUGGGCUUUCUU